UUUCAUUUAUUCUUGAGAAGCUAAGAAGGAAGUGGAAGAUCAUACUUCACCUACAAAACUCCCAGAGUCUACAAUCUUUUUCGAUCAUUAUUGCCAUUUGAAUCAAUUAAUUAAAGGCAAAAAGUUCGAUCGAGAGACUCGUGAUUGCGAAUCCCGCACCAGGUUCCUUUUGUUUCCAUUUUCCUCUCUACAACUAUCCUGGCUCAAGGGAGAGUUGGAAGAGAAAGCUGAAGAAGAAGCUCAAAGGUGGUGCCCGUAGCUGUAGUUAUAGCUUUGUGAUCACGGCACCGAACCUUCAGAUCAAUGGCUCUCGACGCCGAAGCUGUACCAGCGGCGGAGUUGGCGCUUGCUGAUACCGACAUCAACUGGAACAGGUUGGACAAGACAAAGUUUCACAUAAUUGGAGCAAUUCUCUUUACUGCUCAGUCAGCCCUGUUACAUCCAACAGCGGUUGUAAAAACUAGAAUGCAAGUUGCUGGAUCUGGUCUGUCUCACAUGCGUGGACUGUCAGUUUUCUGGAAUAUAUUGAAGUCUGAUGGAAUCUCUGGCUUAUAUAGAGGUUUUGGUACUUCAGCGGUUGGCUCAUUACCUGGUAGAGUACUGGCUUUAACAUCACUGGAAGUAUCGAAAGACAUAAUGUUGAAAUAUACUGGAAGUCUGCAAAUGCCAGAAGCAACUCGUGUUGGUCUUGCUAAUGGAGUGGCAGGCAUGAUCUCAAAUUUGGUUUCAUGCAUAUACUUCGUGCCGUUGGACGUGACUUGUCAGAGGAUGAUGGUUCAAGGGCUACCUGGAACCACCUUCUGCAAUGGGCCACUUGAUGUUGUGAGAAAAGUGAUGAAGGCUGAAGGAUUUCGUGGUUUAUAUAGGGGUUUUGGAUUAACGGCUGUAUCUCAAUCCCCAGCAUCUGCUCUCUGGUGGGGUGUCUACGGUGCUGCUCAGCAUAUCAUAUGGAGGAGCUUAGGAUAUCGAGAUAGCAUGGAGAAGAAACCUUCUCACAUGGAGAUGGUUACUGUUCAGGCUACAGCUGGAAUGGCGGCAGGUGCUUGUUCGUCUAUUAUUACAACUCCUCUAGACACAGUAAAGACACGACUUCAGGUCAUUGAUAACUAUGGAACUGGAAGACCAUCUGUGCUCAAGACAUCAAGAGCACUUUUCAAGGAAGAGGGGUGGUUGGGAUUUUAUAGAGGCUUUGGACCUCGGUUUUUGAAUAUGUCACUUUAUGGAACCACGAUGAUUGUCACAUACGAACUGAUCAAGAGACUUUCCUUAAAGGAGAUCGUGACAUCUUGAAUGGGAGGACUUGUGCGGGACGUUUAGAAAGAAUAGAGUAGUAAGCCAGAUGCUUCAUUUUUUUUUUCAUUCUUUUUUCCAUCUUUUUUGGAUGGUGGGGAUUGUAAGCAGCAGAUGAAACAUAGAAGCAACACAUUGACACAGGACGGUACCAAACUAGCAAUGGUACAAACGUAGAUCAUUCCAUUUUUCCUUUCUGUAUGCUGAAAGACAGGUGUCCUUUUUACAAUUCUAAAGUCACCAAUAUGAAUUUCAUUUUGUUAGAAUUGUAUUCAUGAACUAAUGGGAAGAUGAAUUAUAUUUCAUUGAUUUGUAGGA